AUGGCUAGUCAAAGUGUUCCCGUCGACGAAUUGAAACAUGAUUUGCAUGUUGAACCGGAUCAUGGAGGGAUAUGUAAUGGGAAUAUCACAGAUAUGGAAGUGGUUAUUGAGGCUGAAACUAAGAUUAAUGGUGAAGAAGAGCAUAGUAAUGGAAUGACAAAUGGUGACAGUGUACAUAAAGUCUCUACCACUGAUGCGGGUGAUGAUGCCAAAGCUGAUGCUAAUAAAGAGAAUGAGGUUCCAGAUGCUACUGAUAUCAAUGGCACCAAGUCCAAUGGUGAAGCUCUAGCAAAAUCCACCACUGACACCGCACAUUUGGAACCAUCAACCAAAAAGCAAAGCAAGACUAAACGUCGUUCCAGUUCAUCAUCGUCUUCCAAACACAAGAGACCAAAACCCAAACCAACUACAACAUCAAAUACAAUGGUACUGUCUUCAUCAACAUCAAUCUUAUUUGGAUUAAUAUCUUACAAAGAUUACCAAUUAAGAGAUCCCAUUGUUGCAUUUGAAACAUCGCUUGAAUCAACCAAUGAUUGGAUGACUUGGUUACGAUUAGAAUUGAUUGAACUUGUAUUUGAUUCCACUUGGAGAAACACUGACAAUGACGAUACUACGUCAUUGAAUCAAUAUACUUCAUUGAGUCAAGUCUUUGGUGGAUUUAUCUUGAUUGGGUUUUCAUUAACUGAUUAUGCUUUGAGGUUUGCUGUGGUUUUGAUUGUUGCUGUGAUUAAGUUGUAUUUGCAUUUGAUACGUGGGAUUGUUGGUGUUGGGGUGAAGAAAAUUGGAUUUGGUGGGAAAGCAACUACUCUUGCAUGA